AUGGUGACUACCAAGAAUGACCAGAAUGCCUCCAACAACUGGUAUCUUGACACAUGGUGCUCCAAUCAUAUGACUGGGCACAAGGAGUGGUUUGUAUCCAUUGAUGACUCUGUGAAGACAAGGGUGAAAUUUGCUGAUGAUAGCUUCAUUCGUGCAGAAGGAAUGGGGAGGGUGAUGUUCCAGAGGCAGAAUGGCAAAACUUCCUACAUUGCAAAUGUCUUGUAUGUGCCUAAGAUGAAGAACAAUCUUCUCAGCCUAGGCCAGUUACUUGACAAAGGGUACGAGAUGACGUUAGAGGACAGAAUGCUAAAGGUUUUCAACAAGAAGCGAGUUCUGAUUUUCAAAGCACCACUCUCACAGAAUAAGACAUUCAAGGUUCCCCUCACAUCAUAG